UUCAUUCAUCCUAGGCCUAGCUAGCUAUUAAUAAGCGAUGGUCUUCUGACUCAUAUACUGUUCCUCAAAAAUUGAUUCUAAACAUGGCGAAGAAGAAGCCAGCAGAAAAACCAUACUUUGUCCGUCUGGUGGUUUCAUUGAUUGUGUGCAUGAGGAUUUGCUUGGCCACAGAGGAAAGCUCGACGAUGAAAAUUCCGAUAAACAUAGGUACGAUUGUGAACAUGGAUUCAUGGGUUGGGAAAGUUGGGCUAAGCUGCCUCAACAUGGCCCUUUCUGACUUCUAUAGCUCCCAUCCUCAAUACAAAACCAGACUCUUCCUCCAUAUCAACGACACCAACACAGACGUCGUUCAUGCAGCUUUUGCAGCUCUGCACCUCAUAAAAAAUGUGGAAGUGCAAGCAAUCAUAGGGCCACAGAGUUCAAUGCAGGCAAACUUCGUAAUCGAUCUUGGAGAUAAAGCAAAGGUUCCAGUUGUAUCGUUUUCAGCUACAAGCCCUUCAUUAGCCUCGCAUAGAAGUUCCUACUUUUUCCAAGCAGCACAAAGCGACUCAUAUCAAGCCAAAGCCAUUAGUGCUAUACUUGAAGCUUUUGGAUGGAGAGAAGCCGUGCCCAUCUACGUCGACAACGACUUUGGCCGGGAACUAAUGCCUUCCCUUGUCGACGCCUUGCAACAAGCACGUGUCCGAAUCCCCUACCGGAGUGCCAUUCCUCCGGCAGCCACAGACGACCAAAUUGAUACAGAGCUCUACAAGUUGAUGUCAAUGCAGAGCAGAGUUUUCAUAUUGCACCUCUCGCCGACCUCUCUUGGUUCUCGCCUCUUCACCAAAGCGGCAGAGAUUGGGAUGAUGAAUGAAGGCUAUGUUUGGAUCAUGACGACUAGUUUGACUGACCUAUUAACUUCGCCGAACGCUUCAGUUAUCAAUUCUAUGCAAGGAGUUAUUGGUAUAAAGACUCAUGAGCCCAAAACAGAGGAGCUGGAAAAUUUCAGGGUACGAUGGAAAAGGCAAUUCUUGCAAGAAAAUCCAACCAUGGUUGAUGCACAACUUAAUGUUUUUGGGCUAUGGGCUUAUGACGCUGCUUUUGCAUUAGCCAUGGCCGUCGAAAAGGUUGGAGGUAAAGGCCUUGGCUUUCGAAAAUUGAAUGCUUCCGGUGGCUUGACAGAUCUUGACAAUAUUGGGGUCUCAGAAAAUGGUCCAAAACUUAGUGAAGCACUGUCCACAACAAGAUUUAGAGGGCUAGCUGGAGAUUUCAGUUUUGUGAAUGGGCAACUUCAAUCAUCAACUUUGCAAAUAGUGAAUGUACAUGGUCAUGGAAUAAGAUCGGUUGGAUUUUGGACACCCAAUAAUGGACUUACUAGAAAAUUGAAUUCCACAAGCACGUAUUCAACUUCUAAGUCUAAUUUAGGACCUAUAAUAUGGCCUGGAGAUACUACCUCUCAGCCCAUGGGAUAUACAAAAUAUCCAACGACUUUUGGGAAGAAGCUGAGAUUAGCGGUUACGGUGAAAGAUAAUAUCAGUUCGUUUGUUCAAGUGGUAAAUGAUUCAAGUAGGAACAAACCUGAAUUCACUGGUUUCUGUAUAGAAGUCUUCAAAGCUGUAAUGGAUGCGAUGCCAUAUCCUGUAAUCUACGAUUUCAUUCCCUUUUCAAAGCCUAAUGGUAAACGAGCUGGCACUAACAAUGAUUUGAUCUAUCAAGUUUAUCUUGGGAACUAUGAUGGGGCAGUGGGAGAUAUAACUAUUACAGCCAACAGGUCCAAUUAUGUUGAUUUUACAUUGCCAUAUACAGAUUCUGAGGUGACAAUGAUAGUGCCAACCAAAGGCAAGAAAAUAAAGAACGCUUGGGUGUUCUUGAAGCCUUUGACUUGGGACCUUUGGGUGACAACCGGUUGCUUUCUUGUUUUCAUUGGAUUUGUGGUCUGGGUUCUUGAGCACCGAAACAAUGACGAUUUCCGUGGUCCUCCUUCGCAUCAGAUUGGAACCAGUUUCUCGUUCGCCUUGUCCACCACAAUGCUUGUUCAUCGUGAGAGAAUUCUGAGCAACUUGGCAAGGUUUGUGGUGCUCAUUUGGUGUUUUGUGGUUACCAUAUUGACUCAAAGUUACACAGCCAAUCUAACAUCACUCUUAACGGUUGAACAACUCCGACCCAGUCUUACUGAUGUAAAUGAGCUCUUAAAGAAUGGUGAAAAAGUUGGGCAUCCAAAAUACUCUUUCGUUAGAUGGAUGAUAGAAGGAUUGAAGUUCAAAGAAGAAAACCUUGUGGAAUAUAAUUCCUUGCAACACUUGGAACAACUUUUUGCAAAUGGUGAAAUUUCUGCUGCUUUUGAUGAGAGCCCUUACCUCAGGCUUUUCGUUGCUCAACAUUGCUCAAACUUUACCUUAGUUGGACCAACUUAUAAGACUGAUGGGUUUGGUUUUGCCUUCCCCAGAGGCUCUCCUCUAAUAGGUGAAAUCUCAAGGGCAAUCCUAAACAUUACUGAGGGAAAGAAAAUGAAGGAAAUUGAAGACGUCUGGUUUGCGAAAAACAAUUGUUCAAGCACAGAGGAUUCCUUUAGUCUUGGUCUUAAUAGUGUCUGGGGUUUAUUCCUUAUUGCCGGGAUUGCUUCUCUGUCAGCUCUUGUAAUAUGUGUUUGUACUUUCCUUUACAAGCAUAGGCAAAUCUUGAUAAGUUUCGAUUCAGAAGCCUCAAUCUCUAGAAAAAUCCGAGUCAUGUUCAAAAUCUUCGACGAGAAAGACCCUAGCUCCCAUACAUUUAAAAAGACCGGUGAGCUUCAAGACAGCAGAGGUAGGAGCUUAGAUGGUAAUAUGCAUCUUCAUGAUAAGGGUAUGGAAGUGAUUGAAGCCUCACAGAACACCAACUGUCCACCAAGCCCUUCAAACUAUUCAAGCCAGUCUGAGCUUAACUUCGCUUUCCCUGCAGGAGAAGCAAGGAACGGCUUCCAAAACUGAUUGUUUGUGGCAAUCUGAAUCAAACGACCAGGGACCAUGAGAGUAACAGAGUACUAUGAAAAUGACCAACUACUUUUAAUAUAUGUAUGCACUCUGUGUGAGUUGUGUGAAAAAACCAAUCAUACACAUAUAUUAUACAUGCGUAUAUGUAAUUGGAUAUGGAUGUGAAAUAUAUAUACGACAACAAUCU